AUGCCAAAUCCUGCUGCCAUCCUUUGGCACACGGGUCCCCUGGCACCCGGGUGGGCUGGCACGGCUUCCCUCGCCUCCCCCGCACAUCUGGGCAGCUGUGGCCGCGGCAGGGCCCGCGUGGUGCCCCGGCAGCGCUGACAUCAGCGCGGUUUCCUGCCCGCCGGCGCCGCCGCACCGUGUGCUCAGCCCCGACCCCACAGCCCUGCGGGGUGCGAGCCCCAGACAGCCCCAGGACCCCUCCAGCCUCCCCGUCACAGCCAUGGAGUCGGUGGCCCUGUACAGCUUCCAGGCGACGGAGAAGGACGAGCUGCCCUUCCAGAAAGGGGACACCCUGAAGAUCCUCAACAUGGAAGAUGACCAGAACUGGUACAAGGCUGAGCUGUUCGGCUGCGAGGGCUUUGUCCCCAAGAACUACAUCAAGGUCAAGCCACACCCGUGGUACGCGGGCAGGAUCUCCCGGCAGCUGGCAGAGGAGCGGCUGCUCAAGCGCAAUCACCUGGGAGCCUUUCUGGUCCGCGACAGCGAGAGCACCCCGGGCGAGUUCUCCCUCUCCGUCAGCUACGGGAAGCACGUCCAGCACUUCAAGGUGCUCCGGGAGAGGAAUGGCAAAUAUUUCCUCUGGGAGGAAAAGUUCAACUCCCUCAAUGAGCUGGUGGAUUUCUACAGGAUGACCACGGUCUCCAAAGAGCAGCAGAUUUUCCUGCGGGACGAGGACCGGACGGAGGAGCAGGCACCCCAAGGCUGGUCCUCGUCCCACAGUGGCACAGUGUCCCCAUCACCCUGGGGACCCAGGCAGUGCUACCCAGUGCUGGGGGUUGGCAGACGGGGACCCCUCUCCUCCCACCAACCCCUGCCCUCGGCUUCCCUCCAGAGGCAGAGACCCCGAUUCGUGCAAGCCCAGUUCGACUUCUCAGCCCAGGAGGGCUCUCAGCUGCCCUUCCUCCGCGGGGACAUCAUCGAGGUCCUGGACUGCCCCAACCCCAACUGGUGGCAGGGGAAGAUCUCCGGCCGCGUCGGGCUCUUCCCCCGCAGCUACGUCCACCCCAUCCACAAGUGACCUUCACCCCGCUGCAGGUGACCGGGCAGGACCCGGCCCCGCUGUCCCCACUCACCAGAGCUGCCUCUGCCUGCACACAGACUGAGUGUCCCUUUGUCCCCACGAUGGUGCCUGUCCCAGCGCCACCCCACCGGGUCCUUGUGCCACGGGGCACCCUGAAACAUCAGCUGUGGCUGCCCCAUUUGCCUGACCCCGAGAGCCCGGGGAUGGGGCUGGCAGCGGCUGGAAGCGGGGAGCGUGGAGUGUUCAACCAUGGCUAUAAAAACUUUCCCAGAGCCACAAUCCGGUGGGAUGACAGCAACAGAGGGAGUGAGCCCAAAACCCCAAACCUUGGCUCCUCUCCAGAUCCCAUAAGCAAAGCCCUGACUCCAGGGAGGGCUGCAGGCAGCCAGGACACAGCCGGGAUCCGUAACUCCAAGAAGGAAUUCCAGGACUCAGAGUACCAGGGAAGGCUGAUCCAGGGGGAUUCCAUCCUGUGGGUGCUGUUUAUAGCUGCAAAUUGUGGCGCUUUUUUAUAUUAUUUUUUAUUUAGGGCCAGUAAAAUGUGUUUGGGUGUCACC